AUGGCAGGUUUCAACUUGACGGACGCGGGCAUGGCCAACCGCACCUGCUUCUCGUGCAGCCUCGACUUCCGCUACACGGCCUGGGACGGCGAUAACGCGUGCCUGGGCUGGGCAGAGCAGGUGGCCACCGACUACCUGGUGGUGAGUCGUGGGUUCGUGCAAAACGGCAUCCUGCUGCUGCUAGCGAGGUCCUGCACCGACUCCUGCGCCGCAUACUGCAAGUCCACCGGCUUCGGGGUCACCAAGACCACCUGUAACCACUGCUGCGAGGAGGAUGGCUGCAAUGACAGCCGGCCGACCCUCUCGGCCACCGGGCAGUAA